UCAUUCAGUUUCAUGCGGACAAAAAGAUAAUGGCGCUGUAUGUAAAGAUGCCACAAAUAUUACGCAUAUCCCGAUGCAUAAGCUACCACGCGCCGGUGUUGCGGCCGCGGUUCCUUCUCAAUGAGCGGGCCAGAAGACUCAAGCGUAUUGGGCUGCGGGCCACGCCCCAAGCUAUGACCAUGAGCAACAGCAUGCGGGUGCAGAUGUACUCGCAGAAGACGAGCAACAAUGUGUUUGCCCUGAACGGAAGGGUGAAUAAUCUGCGGAAGCGUGUCAGCUUCUCUGGGACCCAGGAAGGACCGGAGGGAAACGCCAAGCAGAACGUCAUACCGAUUGGACUGAUCACGCCGGAGACCAAGGAUGGCAAGGACCUGAAGAUAGUUAUUGUCCCACUGGAUAUAGCCGGCAUGAAUGCCGAAGAUCUGAAGAGCACGCUGGAGAGCAUCAACCACCUGCGCAAGUAUGCCAACCAGAUAGAGGCCUUCUCCUCCAGCAUGGUGGACGACUUCAAUGAGAUGAUGCAAAACGCAAACACCGAGGUUCAGAGGGAACUCAAAGCUGCCACAGCAGCGGCAGAAGAGGCCGAGGAGCAGGCUCUGCAGGAGCAGCAGCAGCAGCAGCAGCCGCAAUCCAGCGCCGGGGAUGUGGAAUUUUGGAAGUCAUACACCAUACCCCCGUCUGCGGAGGAUAGCAAUAUCGAUGCUAUUGCCAAGGACACAAUGGCCCAAGAGGGCUCUUCGGCAGCCCUCGCGUCCACAGGUUCGAUACUGACAACAUCGAGCCUGCCACUUGCCGCACCAGCGACCAAAACAGCGAAACUACCGAAGACCACACAGCCCAAGGUGCAGACACAGGAUCAGGCAAAGGCCCAUACCCAGGCCAAGGUGCAGAUCCAGAGCGAGGAGCAAGACCAGCCGCAGGGGCAGACGCCGGUGGAGCAACCUCAGGCGCCACAACCCCUGCCUAAGACCCUGCCAGUACAUGACCCGGUACCGGCACAGCCCCAGGGCAGGAGCAGCAGCAGUCAGCUGAUGACCCAGCCCCCAGCCCCGGCCCCAGAACCAGAAGCCGUCGCCGAAUGUGAUUUGAACGAGGUGAAGAUUUCCGUGCCCAGGACUCUGAGCGAUCGUCUGAACGAGCUGGCCAUCUCCUCCAUGGAGCUGUCCUUCGAGAUGGACAUGACCAAUGUGCACGAUGCCAUCGAGUGCAAGCAAACGGGUCAGCAAGUGCUGGUGCCCAACAAUCCAGUGGUGUCCAUGAACACCCGAGUGGAGCUGGCCACGCCUGGCCUGGUCGAGCAAACAGUGCCCCUGCGAUUCAAUGCCCUAAUCGCGGGCGUUGUCAACAUCGAUGUGGAGAAACUGAAUCUCGAGAGCAUGACCGAGGAUCAGGUGCCGGACUUCAACGACGACGUCACCUCCCUGGCGGCCAAUCUGUGCAGCGCCGCCUUGGAGAACGGACUGUGUGCCGAUCAGAAUGCCUUCCACAAAGGAGACCUAGUGGACGAUAACAACCCUAUGGAGCUCAGCGACAAGCAGCUGUCGGAGAUGACCGACCAGGAGUUGGUCAGUCUGAAGGAGCAGUAUGCCGUCAGGCUCUCGGAGCUGCAGAGCGAGCUGUCCGCCGUCGAGCAGAUGGAUCCAGCGGCCACUGUGUCCGCCAUUGCCAGGUCGUUGAAUCCGCAGCGGGAGCUGCCCCAGAUAUCGCCGAAGGCUCGCGCGGCUCUAAAUCGCAGCCAAACCCAGAAGCACAUGAAGCCGACCAUGCAGGCCAUGGCGGAGCCCGAGGAGGAGUUCCAGGGUCCAAUGCUGCGCGAUGGCUGCAAGCAUGGCGUCAUCAAGCCCAAGAAGAAGUGCAAGAAGACGUGUCCCCUGGGCGAUCCCUGCAAGGAGGAUAAGUGCAAGCGUCCCAAGAAGGGGCCCAAGAAAGCGCGCAAGAAGAAGGCCUCUUUGGGUGCAUCCGAGAUCCGGGCCAGUGGUGGCAAGUCUUCGUGCGGUGGCAAAAAGGAUGCCAAAAAGGAUCCCUGUGCGAAAAAGGAUGGCAAAGGUGACAAGAAGAAGAAGGACCCUUGUGCCAAGUUCAAGAAGGGCGGCGACAAGAAGAAGGAUCCUUGCGGCAAGAAGGACGAUAAGAAGAAGGAUCCUUGCGGCAAGAAGGGAGGCAAGGACGAAAAGAAGAAGAAGGAUCCCUGCGCCAAGUUCAAGUCCGGAGAAAAGAAGGACCCCUGCGCCAAGAAGGACGAUAAGAAGGACCCUUGCGGCAAAAAAGGAGGCAAGGACGAUAAGAAGAAGAAGGAUCCGUGCGCCAAGUUCAAGUCCGGAGAAAAGAAGGAUCCCUGCGCCAAAAAGGACGAUAAGAAGAAGGACCCUUGCGGCAAAAAGGAUGAUAAGAAGAAGGACCCUUGCGCGAAGUUCAAGAAAGGCGGAGAUAAGAAAAAGGAUCCUUGCGCCAAAAAAGACGAUAAGAAGAAGGAUCCCUGCGCCAAAAAGGACGAUAAGAAGAAGGACCCUUGCGGCAAAAAGGAUGAUAAGAAGAAGGAUCCUUGCGCAAAGUUCAAGAAGGGCGGAGAUAAGAAAAAAGAUCCGUGCGCCAAAAAAGGCGAUAAGAAGAAGGAUCCCUGCGCCAAAAAGGACGAUAAGAAGAAGGACCCUUGCGGCAAAAAAGGUGGCAAGGGAGACGGCAAGAAGAAGGAUCCCUGCGCCAAGUUCAAGAAGGGCGGCGAUAAGAAGAAGGAUCCCUGCUCGAAGAAGUACUCCACGUUCGCCAGUCCAUGCCGCAUCGACGGCCUGAACGAUCCCGUGUGCCGGAUCGGCGACACGUGUCAGGCAGCAGUGGCUGCGUCCCACUAUUCGGGCCACGCGGCAGCUCCCGCCCGCUACUUGAUCUACUCGACGCUCGUGCGCCGUCACUAUGGGGGCAAGCCGACGAAGACCCAGCUCUGCGGCCUGGCAGCCGGCGACGUGCUCACCUGGCAGCGUGGCUAUGCGAAGAAGGGCGGCAAGAAGGAGGAUGGCGGCAAGUGCGCUGCCCUGGACCAAAAACUUCCCCUGAAUCGUGGCAAGGACAAGAAGGCGCGCAACGAGCUGCGCACCGACUGCUACGUCGACGGCGAGGAAUGCCCCAAGAACUGGUGCACCGGAAACUGCGCCAAAGUCCGGUUUCCCCGCAAGAAAUGCGACAAGAAUAAGAAGAAGAAGAGUGGCAAGAAACACAAGUCCGGCAAAGGUGCGUAUACCGCAGAAGGAAAUAAGUUGCUAUCCCUGGAGUCAGUCCCUGCCCUGGCCCUGGCCCUGGCCCAGAGGCAGCGGUGGAACACAAGGGACUUCACUUGCCAGGCCGAGACUCAGCUCGGUAACGAUCGAACCGGAUAUAUGAUCCAUGUUCCAAGGCGCUAUGAGAUCGAGAUGUUGGAAAUACCAUUGCCCUGUCCCAAGGAGUAUGAGACCAUCAUUCGAGUUGGUUCGGUAGCCCUCAGCGGCUCCGAUAUUCACAUCUAUGAGAACGGGAAUGAGGACAUGAAGGAAUUGACGCUGGGGCACGAGGCCACGGGAUUUGUGGAGGAGGUGGGCUCUCGUGUCCAGAAUCUACAGCUGGGCGAUCGUGUGGUUUGUGAGGCGACCAUUACCUGCGGCUCCUGUGACCUCUGCAAGGAGGGACGAUACCAAAUGUGUGAGCGCCUGUGGUACAAGGGCUUCCUGGGCACCCAUCAGAUCCACCAUGCUGAUCUCUGCCACCGACUGCCCGACAACAUCACCAUGGAGGAGGGCAGUCUCAUCCAGACGCUUGCCUCGGCCUGUGCCGCCUGCCUGAAGGCUGGAAUAUUGCCCAUCAGCAAUGUGCUCAUCAUUGGAUCGGGGCCCACGACAAUAGCGGCGGGACUGGUGGCCAAAGCCCUCAGUGCCAAGCAGGUGACGAUCGCCACCAACAUGGAAGCGACACAGCAUAUGGCCACACGCGAAUUUGGCCUCAAUUGCGUGCUGUACGGCACGAAUGGAAUGUACAGCGAGGAGCUGGAGGCCAUCUACUGCAAGGCCAGGGAUUGGCCCAAUGUGGUCAUCAACUUUGCCAUCUCCGCCCAGACCAUGAACCUCUCCAUAAUGGCCCUCAAGCCCUGCGGUAUUUGUGUGCUGGCCGAAUGUGCCUCGGAGGUGGCCAGCUUCAAUACCGUCGAUCUACUCAUGAAGAACAUCAAAAUGAGGCCCAGCUUUCGAUGCGCCAAUAUGUACCCCAUAGCCUUGCAGCUGAUGGCAUCGAGACUGGCGCCAAUGCGCAAAUUAAUUGGAAAAACAUAUCACAUUACCAAAGUGGACGCAGCCUUCCAGGAAGCCCAGCACGAGUCGAACACGGGCAUUAAGAAAAUUAUAGUCAAUUGCUCGAAGGCCGAUACCGGCCCAAGGACAUUGAGAAGACGAAAAGUAUAACAAGUCGAUUAGAAGACACAACACAAAUCAGUUCUUGUGCACAAGACACAGUAGUAAAAUUCCAAAUAAAAUUCAGUACAGUUCUUAAA